GAGGACUGUCUGCAAUACUUUUUCCAUCCUGAAGAGCUGACUGAUCACAACAUGUGUUUCUGUGAGCAGUGUGGAAGGAGAACACCUUUUUUGCAGAGCAUGAAGCUAGUCCGUCUGCCACAGACUCUGACCAUACACCUAAAGCGCUUCUGCUUUGAAAAACUGGCCUAUAUUCACAAGCUUAGUCACUGUCUGCCAUUCCCACAAGACCUUGAUUUCAAUGCAGUCUUGACAGAAAAUCAGUGCCAAGCAGAUGACAAUGAAAAGGCUGGCUGGAAGUAUGAGCUUUUUGCCGUUGUUGCUCAUUCAGGAUCAACUACUUGCGGACACUACUGUGCCUAUAUUCGAAGUCUCACAGAAUGUAAAUGGUAUUGCUUCAACGAUUCUCACGUUUGCCAGGUAUCAUGGGAUGAUGUUAAAUGCACCUAUGGACACUCCAACCUCUACUGGGGACAAACGGCUUAUCUGUUGAUUUACAUGAAAAAACAUCCUCAGUAG